AUGGAGUUACCAUCCGAGGACAAAAGAGAAACUCAUGUCCUUACCAUACAGCCAAAGGAAACCAUAUUGACUGCAUUGCCAUAUAGACCUCAUAGCUCUCUACUGGAUUUCCUGAAGGGAGAGCCAAAAGUCUUAGGGGCUGUCCAGAUCCUGCUUGGUCUGUUCAUUUUUGGCCUUGGAAUUACAUUUGUUUUUAGUUACAUCAUUUUCUCCAAAAAUUUCCCUCUUGUUUUUCUUGCAGGAUAUCCAUUCUGGGGAUCAUUUAUUUUUAUUCUUACAGGAUACCUCAUAGAAAUCCAUAAUAAAUCAAAACAAAUCCUGGAACAAUGUAUCAUGGCCAUGAAUAUUAUCAGUUCACUUGUUGCGAUAGCUGGGAUCACUCUCACCUUUAUUAGCUACAGACAUCAAUAUAAGUACUGCCAAAUCCCUUCCCUGGAAGACAUAUGUGGUCUUGGGAGAACGUUUUUCAUUGGUAUUUUGUCAAUCUUACUGAUCCUCAGUAUAGCAGAACUCAGCAUCUCUGUGACUAUUGCAUCCUUUAGAAGCAAGUGCUGGACGCAUACAGAUGAGGUUGUGUUUUUCUUGCCUACGGAUAUUGUUCCAGGUGAUGAACAACGUGGCCUAGGAGAAGAUGCUCAAUUACAAUUUGAGCUGCAAGAAGAAUCCUAUAGUGAUGACACAACAGCAACGCGCAUACAAACCGUCUUCUUUGGAGGCUAUGCUUUCUUCAAGUUAAGAGUUGCAAAAAGUCCUUUAGCCUCCCAGUUCAGGUUACAAACUGGCAGGCCUAGUUCCCUGCCACCUUCUGCACCUGUGCCAAAAGAACAACAGCAAAAUAUCCCUUCACGUUUACAGUCUACAGAGGGAGAUCAUUUGUCUCCACUAACAUCACAAAAACAGCACUCAAAAAAUACAACGCACACUCAGAAACCCUCUGUAUUUGAACCGAAAGAGAAAGACCAGGAAUCUGCUACCGCUCAACACCCCAAGAUCCAGACCCAAUUGCUGAAAAAGAAAUCCUUACCAUUCCAAUUUUUUCCAUCCUAUUCUGUAUUAAAAGUCCAAAAAUUAUCACCUAAAGACUUGCCACCUCAAGGUCUGCCAGGACAAGCCCAGUCAAGUCAAAACAUUAUAGUAAAAGCCAUGAUAUCUACAACCCCAGCAUCCCAUGUUAUGCAGUCUUACGAUCUAACCAGGAAAGAUCUGCCCUUUCAAGACAUAUCAUCCCAAGACUUGCCUUCAGGAUCCCAAAACAUACCGUCUCAAGACUUUUCUUCUCCAGAUACGCUAUCCAGCGCUCUCUCAAAAGCUAUGCUAUCUGAAGCUUCAAAACCCCAUAUUGUGCAGCCCUCUAAUACAAAACACCUGCUUCAGAAAACUCCAGAUAUUCAACCUGAAAACCAGCAACUUUUACACAAAUCACAUAAAGACAUUCAAUCAGAAGUCAAGGAAGAGACCAAAAAAUGGAACUCUGAAGAGGAACUCCCCAGAAAGAAAUUCUCAAAAGGACAUUCCUUAGACUACCUUGUCAAAGUCUGGAAAUUCUCAAGGAAGAAUUCUUUAGACAAGUCAAACAAAAGCUUGCAGUCCUCAAAGAGGAAUUUUUUAUACAAGCCGAACAAAAGCUGGCAUUCCUCAAAGAAGGAUUUCUUAGACAAGCGGAACAAAAGCUGGCGAUCCCCAAAGAAGAAGUCCGUAGACAAGCGGACUCAGCAUCAUCACACUCCACAGCAACUCCCAGAUCAGCCGGCUGAAAUCCAGCGAGGCCCAAAGGGCAAAGAUGGGCAAGAUAUAGACCAGCGGGCUGAAAAGGAGCAAGGCCCAGAGAAACAAACCCAAGAUCAACAAGCUGAUGACCAGCAGUCCCCAAAAGGACAGCAAAGUCAAGUAGAGAAAGCUCCAAAUCAGCUAUGCCAGGAUUGGGAUUCUCAAACCCAGAAAUACCAAGGCUGGCAAUCCGCAAAGAAGCAAUUGUCAGAACAUUCAAUUCGAGACUUUAAAUUUUUCAGCUCAACACAGUCUGAAGAAUCAGGAACUCAAAGUUGGAGAAGCAGAGAUCAGAUAGGACAAAGAUGGCAAUGUGAAAUGCAGCAUUCUCUAUACUGGGGAUCUCAAGCCUGCCAAGCCCAAAGUCAAUCAGAGAGAAAAGCCCUAAGGCAGAAAGCUGCAGACCAAGAAAUGCAAACCCAGCAAACCACAGCCCAAUAUAACCUAGGUUGGCACUUACAAAACACAGAAAGCAAAGGCCAAAUUUCAAAGGAGCUGCAAUCAGAAGACACAAAACCAGAUAUUCUGUCUUCUUCUGGCCAGAGUUCAAUGCAAGACACAUCUUUAGGCUAUUUCUCCAAUAUUGAAUCAGAACAAGAUGUGCAACAAAUCACUUCAGCUUGCUCAAAUUCAUACAGAGAAGAUCCGAAUUUAACUUCUGAUUCUUCUUUUGCAAAAUAUCAACAAUCUGAGGACUCAGACUAA